UAAAGCACCACAAAACCAGAGGGAAAUUAAGAUCACCGAGCCCUCCUGCACCCCCUUCCUCUUCUGGGGUUUAAAAGGCAGCACAGAAAAACACCAGAAGCUCCAACCUGGACAGCCUUCCUGCGAAGAUGUGGUCACUCUUGCUCCUGUACCUGCUGGCCUUUUUACUACUCCCUGAGGCAGAGGCAGGAAUGUUCUGGAGCCCAACUCCCUUCCCAUCUCCGGCCCCCAAGCAUGAUUCCAGCACCACAGGGGCCUCAGACACGCACUUCAAAGCAAGUGAAGUCAGGAGAGAAAUCUUCAGGAGCCUCCAGGCCUUCACUCUCCCUAAGACAGGGGAGAUCAUCGGGGGACAUGAGGCAAAGCCCCACUCCCACCCCUACAUGGCCUACCUGAACAUUCAAGGUGAAAACAGCUUGAAGUGUGGCGGUAUCCUUGUGCAAAAGAACAUUGUUCUGACAGCUGCUCACUGCAAUGGAAGGUUAAUCCGUGUCACCCUGGGGGCUCACAACAUCCAGAAGCAGGAGAAGACCCAGCAGGUCAUCCAGGUGAAAAGAGCUGUCCCCCACCCAGACUAUAAUGCUAAGAACUUCUUCAAUGACAUCAUGUUACUGCAGCUGAAGGAAAACAUCGAGCCAACUAAUGCUGUGAAGCCCCUCCACCUGCCCAGGGGCAAGAACAGGCUGUAUCCAGGAGAGAAUUGCACUGUGGCCGGCUGGGGAAGGGUCGCCCCAGAAGGCAGACUUUCAGACACAUUGCAGGAGGUAGAGCUGACUGUGCAGAAGGAUAAAGUGUGCGAGGAGCUCUUUAACCAUUAUUACAACAGGGCCAUUCAACUGUGUGUGGGGAACCCGGAGGAAAAAAAGUCUUCCUUUAAGGGAGACUCCGGGGGCCCUCUCAUGUGUCACAAUACGAUUCAUGGCAUUGUCUCCUCUGGAUUCCACAAUGGGACAGCACCACGAAUCUUCACCAAAAUCUCAAGUUUCCUGCCUUGGAUAAAGAAAACCAUAAAAAUACUCAAAUUGCAGGAGCCAGAUUAUCUUCUCUGGAGCUAAUCCAUAGCACACUGCAGGGAGGGAGGAGAGGUGGUUGUCAGUAACCAUGUAAAUAAAUGUCUCUCGGCAGAAUGGGAA